UGGCGUCGGGAACAGACCUCUACCACGCCCCGACUGUCUGCUGCCCGUCUGUCAAUGACCUCCAGCAACUUUCUGAUGACCUCCGGCUGAAAUGUUCCUCUGAAGAACUGGAGGCAAUUUGUGAUCAGUUCAAAGGUACUGCUGGCGGUUUUACCCGGUUAUGGCAACUCCAGGAACCUUCACUUCCGGUAAAAUAUCCUCGAACUCCGGGUUACAAGCCGGUUCCAGCUGACAACCCGUACAAUGCCUGGUAUCGGCGAUGUGACAUCAAAGGCGCCGACAAAGGCAAGUUGGCAGGUAAAACAGUGGGCAUCAAAGACUGCAUUGCAGUGGCCGGUGUUCCGAUGGGCGUUGGUACAGCUCUGAUGGAAGGUUACACGCCAGAGUUCGAUGCGACUUUGGUAACAAGGAUCCUAGAUGCAGGAGGUCACAUUAUUGGCAAGACGUCAGUGGAGAACCUGUGCAAAAGCGGAAGUAGCUUUACAUGCGCGAGUGGCCCUGUGAAGAACCCGUAUGAUGAAACCCGGACCACAGGUGGAUCAAGCGGUGGCAGCGCCGCACUGGUAUCUAUGGGUCUUGUGGAUCUCGCCGUCGGUGGAGACCAAGGAGGCUCAAUCAGGAUUCCAGCCGGCUGGUGUGGCAUUGUGGGCAUGAAGCCGACACAUGGACUGGUUCCUUACACUGGGGCCAUGUCUAUAGACACGACACUGGACCACCUGGGACCAAUGACAAGAACCGUGGAAGACAAUGCCUUACUACUGGAGGUAAUAGCUGGAUACGAUGGAGGCAGAGAUCCCAGACAGCCGGUCGGCCUCAAAGUCCCUCACUAUAGCAAACAGAUCAAUGUGAAUAUCUCCGGCAAGAAGAUCGGCGUGUUGAAGGAAGGGUUUGACGUGUGUACGGAGCCUGACGUGGUGGAGAUAGUGAGGAGAGAAGUGGAUAGACUGAAGGAAGCAGGGGCAGAGGUGGAGGAAGUAUCACUGCCCAUACAUCUGGAUGGACCUGCUAUCUGGAACGCUAUUUGUCUCCAAGGCACCUACAAUUGCAUGGUGAAAGGCAAUGGGACUGGCUAUUUUUGGAAAGGCUUGUACCCCAUGUCGAUGCUGCAGGCUGCAUGUCGGGGUGUUGCUGCUCGGCCCUAUGAUAUGUCUAUUGUCAUGAAAGCAACAUCUCUGACCUCGGAGUAUCUCAACAGGAACUAUCAGAAUAUAUUCUAUGCCAAGGGACAGAACCUCAACAUGUUGCUGACUUCAGAGUACGACCGUGUUCUGGAAAAGUAUGACGUCAUCGUGAUGCCGACCUUGCCAUAUAAGGCAUCGAAACUUCCAAAAGUUGACGCCACUUAUACAGAGUUACUCAAGGUUAGUCAUUCCAUGAACCUGAACACCUCGCCAUUUGAUUGUACCGGGCAUCCUGCUCUCUCCAUCAACGCAGGCUUCAGCGAUGGACUUCCGGUUGGGAUGAUGAUUGUUGGCCGCCAUUUUGACGAAACCACAGUCUACCAAGUGGCGAGAGCCUACGAAGAGAUCCGAGACAAAUCUGGACUGAUCACUGAGGGCAACUUGAACGACGUCGUGUAACUAAGACAUAACCAAUGCCUAUCGCCGAGUAAAUGAAGUCGCACACAGAAGAGUUAACCAAAACAAACUUUCAGUUUGUAGAUAUGUGUUCAAACGUUCGUUGAAGAACAUUGCUACCUCAUUCCAUUAGUUAAUCUGUAUCCAAAUAAUACCCGAAGACAAAUUUCAAUUGGAACUAUGUUGCCUGUUGUCUCUGUCCGACUGACUUAUCGCAGAUCUUGUGACGUAAUAUGUUAAUGCGCACAUUCCAGGAAAACGCCUGUAGACCGUUUGUGACAGAUGAAAAUACAAUGUUAACUUGUAAUACAGGUUUCAAGACAAAUUUCAGUUGGAACUAUGUUGCCUGUUGUCUCUGUCCGAUGACUUAUCGCAGAUCUUGUGACGUAAUAUGUUAAUGCGCACAUUCCAGGAAAACGCCUGUAGACCGUUUGUGAGAGAUAAGAGUACAAUGUAAUACAGGUUUCGGGAUGGUAAAUGUCCUGUAUUAGUAAGGAACACUGGCAAAAUACAAUGUUUACUUGUAAUACAGG